GGGAAAUGAAUUCUCCACCACUAAGCCCAGUGCCCACCUCAGCCCCCACUGUCCAAAACGCCGAGGCUAACUAUCUGCUAAAAGAAGCCUCUUACGAAGGACCUCCCACCUUCCUCUCACUGUAUGUUUCCUACGAUGGCCUCCCUGGCACUCAGACGACAGGCUCCGUUAUAUGGUCUCGGGGUGGCAGCCAUUGUGAUGAUAAUAUUGCCGGCUUCUCUAUUCAUAUGGCCAGCCCACCCAGUGCCCAUUGCCGCGGGGGACCAUCUUGUCGCACACCAAGAUCCUAUCCGGAACGGAACCCUCGGAUUCCAAAAAAUAUUUGCCAUCAACCUUCCCACUCGGUCUGAUAAACGCGACAACCUGAUCCUCGCCUCCGCCUUGAGCAAUAUUCACAUUGAAUUCGUGGAUGGCGUGACGGCCGACGAGGUCAACCCAGCCUCGUAUCCCUAUAACUGGCACACAGAGUUCACACAGACCGAGUACGGCGUGCGACGGGCACACAUCAACGCCAUGGAACGCAUUGUCGAGGAAGGCCUCGGAAGCGCCCUCAUCAUCGAAGACGACGCCGACUGGGACGUCUCGCUAAAGACACAGCUGCAGAGCUUCGCCCACGCAGUCCGCGCCCUGCAAGGAGCCGACGAAGCCAUCUCGCCCUACGGUGACGCCUGGGACGUCCUGUGGAUGGGCCACUGCGGCAUCACCUGUGCCGAGCAAGCGCCUUACUUUAUGGCAGACUCGGAUCCCACCGUCCUGCCGCCGAGCCACUUCCUGCCCUACUGGCGAGACGGCCCGUCCAUCGAGCGAGCAGCCGAUUCCCGCAUCAUCUGCCCGGUGUCGGACGGCGUGUGCAUGCCCUUCUACGCCGUCAGCGCGGUGGGCGCCCGGCGCCUGCUGUCCGCCCUGUCUGUGAGCCCUGCCGACGUCGCCGGCGUGGUCGACAGCGGCGCCCAGAUCGACGUCGCCCUCGGCCGCAUCUGUGGCAGCGGCUUCCUGCGCUGUUUCGCCCCGUAUCCCUCGCUCACGGGCGGUUACCGGGCUGCCGGACCGGAGAAUAAAGGGUCUGAUAUCCACCAGGCCGACGCCGUGGGGAAGGUCGAGAUCAAACCGGCCUGGAGCUGGGGGGUUAUGUAUAGCGUCAUGAUGAAUGUGCACCGUCUGCUGUACGGCGACGGCACGGUCCAUGCCAACUGGGAGGAUCUCCCUGUGCUGGAUGUUGAUCCUCACUCGAUUCCUGUUGUGGGGGGUCAACAGUUUAGAGUAUAGUAGAACAUAGAUCUUAAUAUUAUGGUGAAUGAUAGGUCACAGUAAUAAACAUUUUCCUUUUAUGCCCUUUGAUGUCCUUUAGCCAUUGCAUCAAAUCUUGGAG